AGUCAAAGAACUAGUUUUUGCUCCAUUGUUUGAUUUACGGGAAUGUUGUAGGCAUUUUUGUGUUCUAUGUCUGAAAAGGGUCACUCAUUUUGCAUUGGCUAUCAAUCACUGUUUCAUUAUCUUUGGUCUGUAAAUUUGCAAAACAAAAUGUCAUGAGGCUAUUAGAUUUUUUAAUUUUUUAUCCCUGAGUGGGACUACUAUUAGGAUAAGGUUCAUUAUUUAUUCAUACACUGUGAAUUUAUUGUGGGUGUGUUUUGGAUUCUAGACAAAGAUGGUCAGAGAUAAGAGUUAAGCUAAGUAAUCAUUUUGUUUUUCUGUAUAAACAAUUUUGGGAUUGUUGAAGAAGAAAUGUGUUUGAGUUUGACUUUCCACUUUCUCAAGGGUAAAGCAUAUAGAUUAAAUGUGUCUGUUCUCUAACAAGCUGAAACAUUAUAGCCAAGUUUGUUUACAUAUUCACUUUAUUAUAGUCUUGAGCAGGAUUUUGUGGUGCCAUUGAGUGUUUUGAACAUUUGGGUAUAAUGUCUACAGAUGAACUCCUUGAGCUUUUCAAGUUAAUAUCGGGUUAUUAGAGGGGAUGAUGGAGAAAAACAUAUGUAAAUCUUCUGAGAACAGCCCUAGUGAAACUGAAAGUUUAGGGUCUGAAUUGUCUCAUUCUGAGAAGCAACCGGAUGAACAGCAUCAGGCAUUGAAUGAAUCUCCUAUUGGACAUAACCAGUCCCCUAAAGUUACCUCAGAAGCUGUGGCCAUCGCUGAAGAUAUUAAUGACAUGUCAUUUAUCAAUGCACAAUCAGCUGAAGUCAUCUCACAUACAACACACAAGGGACAUGAUGGUUUAUUGGAGGAAGAUGAAAAUGGAGCAAAUGAUAGUAUAAUUAAGGAUGGAGAUGUAACUGAUGGAUUGAGGAAUAUGUCAAAAAAUCUAUCUGCAGAGGUUGUGAAUGUAAGUGCCAAAGAAGAUUUGGUCAAGCAACAUGCCAAAGUCGCUGAAGAAGCUAUUGCAGGCUGGGAGAAGGCCGAAAAUGAAGUGACAAGUUUAAAGAAGCAAGUCGAGGCACUGACUCUCAGAAAUUCAACACUUGAAGAUAGAGUCACCCAUCUAGAUAGUGCACUUAAGGAGUGUGUUAGGCAGCUAAGACAAACAAGGGAAGAGCAGGAGCAAAAUGUUCAUGAUGCAGUGCUAAAGAAAACACAAGAGUUGGAAUCAGCCAAAACUAAACUUGAGAAGCAGCUCAAGGAGCUCCAUAGCAAAUCAGAUGCUUCAAAUGCUAGUUCUCAUUCAUCAAUUGAAUUUGAUAUGAUCCAGAAGGUUGAAUAUUUGGAGAAUGAGAACAUGGCUCUCAAACAUGAGCUCAAAGCCCAAUCUGAAAAGCUGAAACUCAGGACAAUAGAGAGGGAUUUAAGCACCCAAACAGCUGAGAUGGCUAGCAAGCAACAUCUAGAAAGCAUCAAUAAAGUGGCUAAGCUUGAGGCUGAGUGUCGGAGACUGAAAAACAUGGCUUGUAGAGCUUCCAUUACAUCAUCCUCAUUUUGUGCUGAAUCUUUCAAAGAUGGUCAAUCAGAAAGUGGAGAGAGGACUAAUGCAACGGAGAUUGAUACCACCAGGAAGAGUGGCUCAGAACUAGACAUGUGUGAGUUAAGUUGUUCCGAUUCAUGGGCAUCUGCACUAAUUGCUGAGCCUGAUCAGUUCAAGAAUGAAAAGUAUAAACAAAUUCCGUCUGGUUCUGUUAACAUUGAUCUCAUGGAUGAUUUUCUUGAAAUGGAACGACUUGCAUCACUGCCUGAUACUAAGAAUGAAAGCCUUAUCAAGGACUCACUUGUUGCCAAUCAAUACGUUCAUGAAGAAAGUUCAAUGGAUGAACUAAAAGAGAAGUUAGAGAAAGCCAAAGAAGAGAAAGAGGAAGUGAAGAUAUGUUUAAUGAAAACUGAGUCUGUUAUUGAGGCAUCACAGCUACAAAUGAGGGAGGCAGAAACAAAAUUGGAGGAGUUGCAAAUAGAGCUAGAGAAUGCCUACAAAUCAAGGCAAGUGUUUGAAAAUGAACUAAUGAGCAUGCUGGCUGAGGCUCAAUCAAUUACUGCAAAAGUUCACUUAUUAGAAGAAGAGAUUGAUAAGGAAAAGGCUAUGUCUGUUGAAAUUGAAAGUAGGUGUAAAGAAUUGGAGGAAGAGCUAGAAAGAAUGAAGCAGGAAGAAAAACUUGGAUCAGUAACCGGCUCAUACACGGAAAUGAAGCUAAAGCAGGAGGACCUGGCACUAGCUGCAGGAAAGCUUGCUGAGUGCCAGAAAACCAUAGCAUCUUUGGGGAAUCAAUUAAGUUCACUAGCAACGCUAGAAGAUUUCCUGAUUGACACUACCAGCAUUCCAGAGUUCUCUGCAAGUCCAUCACUAAUUGCAAGAGCUGGUGGAGAUAUGCUGCAGAAGUUGCAUUCAAAUGACACAUACUUACCUAAAAGAGAUUCCGGUUCUUCAAGGUCUGGUCCACCCUUAAACAAAAAUGAAGAAACUUCACCACCCUCUUCAACCAACUUGCCAAAUCAUGAGAGUUCUAAGAGUAGAAAUGGUUUUGCAAAAUUUUUCUCUCAAACUGAGAGUGGAAUCCAACUAGGAAUCUAGUGGGGAGACACUGAACUAACUAUAAUGAUGGAACUCGUUCAUUUCUUAACUAAGAAACUAGGUCUUAUAUUCUUAAAGAAAAACAUGUAGACACUCGAUCAUUUGGUAUCUAUCAUGUGACAAUAUCAUUCUUUUUCUGAAACC